AUGCACCGUAUACUCUUUCCACAAGAGGCAAGAUGUUUAUAUGAUUGGAAUGGUCAAACAAUAUCAAAAUGUGCUCUUGAUAAACUACAAGUCGGUUGUAUUGUACGUUGUAUUAUAAGAAAUGAAUCAUCAGAGCAAGUAAUAUGGGAAGCACUAUAUUUUGAAAUACUUAAAAUUAAAGAUGGUACUUUUUGGGGUAAAACAUUAGAUAUAUAUCGAUUAGGAGAAGAUGUUAUUGGUUUACCUACAAAUACAAUAUUUACAUUUCGAAAAAAUCAUAUUGCGGAAAUACCUAUUAUGUGGCAACCAUCAUAUAUAAGAAAAAAUCUUAUUCUUUCUUAUAAUACUCUUUAUAAGCAAAAUGGUUUUAUAUUAUAUCUAAAAAAUUUUUCUUGGUAUAUUCAUUUCUUCCAUCCAUAA